AUGGAUGGCUUGCGCUGUACCACCCACAGCUCCAACCACAUACCCCAUAUCCAGUGUAAACCCGAAGGAAUAAGACCGGGAGGCAUGCGGAUGGGAACCACGUUUCAUCAACGGAGCCGGCCCACACUCCUUCACAGGCAAACACAAGCACGCUGUAUUUGGGGAAUCAAGCGCACACAAGGCGGUGGCUGGACCGUAGUCCGCUCCACACUGAGUGCAUGGAACCGCUCUUUGAGCCUAGCACGGCCACAAGAACCGUGCACCCCGUCCCCUCCAGCAACGACCAACUGUCUCCUGGAGCCA